AUGACCUACCCUUCCACUCACAAGGCCAUUGUUGUCAACGACGCCGAGAACGGAGUCGUCGUCAAGACCCUCCCCGUCCCCAAGCUCAACGACAGCGAGGUGCUCAACCCCACCGACUGGAAGCACGUCGAGUACUUCUCCGCCGCCGGUGACCGUCUCGGCUGCGACUUUGCCGGCGUCGUCGAGGCAUCAACCGACCCCGACGUCAAGGUCGGCGACCGUGUUGCUGGCUGGGUACACGGCGGCAAGUACAAGGAUAAGGGCGCGUUCGCCGAGUACGUCACGACCGACUCCAAGCACGUGUGGCAUGUGCCCGACGCCCUGCCCCUCGACCAGGCCGCGACCAUCACCGCGCCGAUCUUGACCGUCUUCCAGACGCUCAUCCAGACCCAGGGCAAGCCGUGGCCUCCGGCUAACGAGGGCGGUUGGAUCUUCAUCUACGGCGGAUCGUCGGCCGUUGGCCUCUUUGCCAUCCAGAUCGCCAAGCUCCAAGGCUACAAGGUCGUGACGGUCGCCUCACCGCACAACUUUGACCUCGUCAAGUCGUACGGCGCCGACGAGGUGUUUGACUACCGCGACCCCAAGGCUGUCGUCGAUAACGUCUUGAGCGUCACCAGCGGCGGUGUGUCCAUUGCCCUCGACACCAUCUCCCUGGCCGACACCCAGGCCAUCACGGCCCAGACCUUUGGCAAGAGCGGCGGCACCCUCAACGUCAUCCUCGGCAUCAGUCCCGAGGCUGCUGCCCUCCGCCCCGAUGUCAAGUUUGUGUACACGCUGCUGUACACCUGGUUCGGCAAGGAGCUCGACUACCGUGGCCGUGGCACCGGCAAGGCAGUUAUCCUGCCGGCUAGCAAGACCGACUACGACUGGCAUGUCGAAAGUCUCCGUCGCCUCCCCGACCUCGUGAGCAAGCACGGCGUCCGUGCCCCGCCGCUCCAGAUGCGCGGAGGGCUGGAGGAUAUUGCUGCUGGUCUCGAGGAGAUGCGUGCUGGGAAGGUCAGUGGCCAGCGCCUGGUCUACAAGAUUGGCGCGUAGGGAGGCUGUGAUGCAAACGUGGGGAGGGGCAACAACACGAGUGAAGAGGGGUACCCAAUCCCCACCGCCUAGCACACUACUGGGGCACCAGCACGAUCGCUCAUG